UCGAGAAUUAUUUUUUUUUUCUAUAUUCCCCGUGCUGCUGUCUCUCUGCGCCGUGCCUCCUCCUUUGCUCUCGUCCUCGACCACGGUCCCCGUCGCCGCCCUGCCGCCGACCGCCUCAUCUGCCGCCGGGAGCCAACCCUAGCCCAGCGCGCCCGCGUCUCUGCAGGUAUCCACUCGCCGCCCGGCCCGAUCUCCUCUCCGGACGCGGGCCGGCCAUGGGGCUGAGUCCGUGACGGAUGCCAGCGCCUCGUGGUUACGCGCGCCGAGGCCGUAGAGGGCGGCAGCAGCGGAAUCCGGUAGCCGGACCGCGAACCACGUGGUGUCUGGUGCUGUAGCAGUAGCAGCAGCAGUCGCAGCGACAGCAGCGGGAGGUGGGGGCGGGGCCAAGGGAUGGACGAGUUCGACAGCGGCGGCCGGAGCGGGGACAGGCCGGGCGCCGCCGCGGCCGGAGGCGACGACGGGGCUGCUCCACCGUUGCCCCAUACGGUACAAAUUGGGAAUUCACCAACCUAUAGACUUGAAAGGAAGCUUGGAAAGGGAGGAUUUGGACAAGUAUAUGUUGGUCGACGUAUUUCAGCUCCUCGUCUCAGUGACCGUAACCCUGGUUCAAAUGCUUUAGAGGUUGCACUGAAAUUUGAACAUCAAACCAGCAAAGGUUGCAACUAUGGAGCUCCUUAUGAGUGGCAAGUUUACAACACUCUCAGUGGAAACCAUGGUGUCCCACGAGUACACUACAAAGGAAAGCAGGGAGAGUUUUACAUCAUGGUUAUGGAUAUGUUGGGACCAAGCCUAUGGGAUGUUUGGAAUAAUAAUUCCCACUCGAUGUCUGUUGAGAUGGUUGCUUGCAUAGGUAUAGAGGCAAUCUCCAUACUGGAAAAGAUGCACUCUAAAGGGUAUGUCCAUGGUGAUGUGAAGCCUGAGAACUUUUUGCUUGGUCCUCCUGGUACCCCAGAAGAGAAGAAGCUUUUUCUCGUUGACCUUGGAUUGGCAACUAAAUGGAAGGAUGCUGGUACGGGGCACCACGUUGAAUAUGACCAGAGACCUGAUAUUUUUAGGGGAACUGUUCGCUAUGCUAGUGUGCAUGCCCACUUGGGAAGGACUGGGAGCAGGAGAGAUGAUCUUGAAUCCCUCGCAUACACGCUUAUUUUUCUUCUCCGUGGCCGCCUCCCUUGGCAAGGAUACCAGGGAGAGAACAAAGGUUUUCUUGUCUGCAAGAAAAAGAUGGCGACAUCUCCGGAGUCUUUGUGUGGAAUUUGUCCGCAACCUUUCCGGAAUUUUGUUGAGUAUGUCGUGAACUUGAAAUUUGAUGAAGAACCAAAUUAUGCGAAGUGCAUCUCUCUUUUUGAUGGCAUUGUUGGCCCAAAUCCAGACAUAAGACCGAUAAACACAGAUGGUGCUCAAAAGCUAAUAUAUCAGGUAGGCCAGAAGAGAGGCCGCUUAAUAGUGGACGAAAAUGAUGAUGAGCAACCUAAGAAAAAAAUCAGAAUGGGGAUGCCGGCAACUCAGUGGAUUAGUGUCUACAAUGCCCGUCGACCUAUGAAACAGAGGUACCACUACAAUGUAGCGGAUAAUAGAUUGCUGCAGCAUAUUCAAAAGGGAAACGAAGAUGGCUUGUUUAUUAGUUCAGUUGCCUCCAGCUCGAAUCUGUGGGCUUUAAUUAUGGAUGCUGGCACUGGUUUUACAUCUCAAGUAUACGAACUUUCUAAUUACUUUCUUCACAAGGAAUGGAUAAUGGAGCAGUGGGAGAGAAAUUUCUAUAUCACUGCACUGGCUGGUGCGAAUAAUGGAAGCUCUUUGGUGAUUAUGUCAAGAGGAACACAAUAUGCCCAGCAGUCCUACAAAGUAAGCGAUACAUUUCCCUUCAAAUGGAUAAACAAAAAGUGGAAGGAGGGCUUCUAUGUCACUGCUAUGGCAACAGCUGGAAGCCGAUGGGCAGUUGUCAUGUCCCGCAAUGCUGGUUUCACUUCUCAGGUAGUGGAGCUUGAUUUCUUAUAUCCGAGUGAGGGCAUCCACAUGCGUUGGGACAAUGGCUAUCGCAUCACGGCAACAGCUGCCACAUGGGACCAGGCGGCCUUUAUCUUGAGCAUACCAAGGAGAAAGCCUACUGAUGAAACACAGGAGACCCUGAGAACAUCUGCUUUUCCUAGCCAGCAUGUGAAGGACAAAUGGUCCAAGAACCUGUACCUAGCUUCCAUCUGUUAUGGAAGAUCGGUGUCCUAAAGCCUGUUUUCUCGAUUUGGUUUGGUUGCCGAGAGGUAUAUUAAUAUCAAAGACAGGUGGUUUUAUGAUAUGAGAUGGGGUGUUUUGAAGCUCAAAACUCUGCUAACCUACUUACCUGCAACUAACAAAAGGUAACCUAUAUAUGAAAAAAAAAGAAAGCAAAGUCUGCUGUGUUUCGCUAAUCGAUACCAUGGAGCAAAGAACAUUCUGGUCUGUUUUGUGUUGUUGGGAUGUGUAUAAAUUAUCCAAAGUAUUAGGUUAUGUUGUAAAGAAUGUAGAAGUGUACCUGCUGAACCGUUGCCAUGUAUAUAAAGCUGAAUUUUUACAAGGUUGUUUCAUUGUU